ACCGGUCGUCAGAGCUGUGAGGCCAACGCUCUACAGCUGUUCCACCCUUAACUGAUCCAGUACAGCAGGGGUUGGGAACCUGUGGGUCGCGAGCCAUAUCUGGCUCUUUUGAUGUUGCAUAUGGCUCGCAGAGCCCUCAUCACUAAAUGCUGCAGUGAUUUCCAACCUUUUGUAGAGCCAAGGCACAUAUUUUACAAUUGAGAAAUCCCACGGCACACCUCAAGAGGACUCAUGGCACACUAAUGUACCCUGGCACACUUUUUGGGAAUCACUGACAUACUCUCCAAUGUCUUUUCUGUCAUGUGGUCAACGCAAAUUAACAGAGAUAGUUUGUUCUAGUGGUGUUGCCGUAGCUCACAGUAGCAGUCUAUGUGCGCAGUCGCAGAAGCGUCCAACGCAAACGAUCGGCUUCAAAAAAAAAAAAAAAAAAAAGAUGGUGAGUUUUAGUUUUCACCAAGCUUGGACAGCUAUUCAAAGAUGGCAAAGCAUCCGUUGUUGAUGUUGACAGCUUUUCGCAUAAAGACAAGAUAAUCAAACAAAUAAAAGACAUGCUAUUGUUAGCAAGAACUGUUCACCAUCUUACCAUCAUGAUGGCAAAACAAAUUGAAUUACGAUCACGAUUACCGGAUGGAGGUCUCAACGCCUGCAUGAAGCUUCAUCUAACGACGUAUGACAGACUAUAAAGCCAUCAGCAAAACCAUGCAGCACCAGAAGUCACAUUAAUGAGACCUCUGCCUGCCUUCAAUCACACAUAGCGAGCGCUUCCAUCGGGCUGUGCGAAGCCGCGGCCGCGAGCCAUGCGGACCAAGUCUGGUGCCGGCGUUUCUUGGGGACCAAAUGUUCCGCCUGACAGGGUAUUGAAGAGACGGAACUGGAGAACUACAACCAAGUCGCACUUUCGCCAAGCGCGGUCAACAUCGCCCAGAUUUACGAAGCAACAAACUUCUUGAAUGAGACGCAGAAGUCGGCAAGGAGUCUUAGGGAGGGAUUGAACGCAAGGAAGCUGGCAUUGGGGGGCGAGCACGUACCCGAAGGGCCAUCAAUCGGUCAACGGUGACCAUGGAGCACUUCCGGAAAGAAGCCAGCCCCACUUCCGUCAUGGCUCUGUACACCGUGAUGUACCCUGUCUUUGACCAGUUGGAGAAAGUUAACCUGUCAGCAACACAGACAUUGCGUGCAGCCUUUAUGAAGGCAGAGGAGGAGAACCCUGGCAUGACUGAGGAUUUUGUGCUCGAACUACUUGAAAAGAAGGACCUGAAAAUAAAUUAUAAUGAGUGUCUACUUCGCAUGGCUGCGGCCGUUGUGAAAGAGUUCCGAAUUGAGAGGCAAGAACCGGGCUUCCAGGAGCUGAACGAGAGGGCCCAUGCUCUGAAACACAUCCUCAGCACCAUACCCGACGAGAUCAAUGACAGAGUGGCCUUCCUGCAGACCAUCAAAGACAUUGCCAGUGCCAUAAAAGAGUUGCUCGACAUUGUUAAUACAAUCUUCAGGAGGUACCAGUAUCAAAACAGACAGACGCUGGAACAGCAGAAGAAAGACUUUGUGAAAUACUCCAAGAGUUUCAGCGACGCUCUCAAAACCUUCUUCAAAGACGGAAAGGUGCUGAACGUGUUUGUCAGCGCCAACCGGCUCACGCACCAAACCAACAUGAUACUGGAGGCCUUCAAGACGGCGACAUAGAAAACCGCGGUGGAGCGGCCACGAAGUGGCGGCGGGCCGGCAGUCGAUCAGGUAGUUGAUGACGAGACUUUUUUUUUUUUUUUUUUUUUUUUUAACUAGCUGUUUUAUUGUUAUUGUAUUUCAUUGCUUAGCAUUUUUACCUCCUGCAAGCUUGAUAUAACAUCUAUUUUUGUGGGAUUCUAAUAAAGGACAAUGCAAAAAAAAAAAAAAAAAAAAAUGAGUGUUUGCCAACGAAGCAAAGUGCAGUUCCCUCACACCUAUGUAAGAAAGUGCUGGACACUGCUGGGUCUUGUUUUUCAUCUAUAAUUUAUAGCGCCGUGGUAACUGCCUUUGACCACAGAAACAUUUCCCAUUAUUUACGGACAAGAUGUCAAAGUUUGGCUUUCAUUGUCUGAAACAAAACAAAACAAAAAAAGAAAUCUCUUCAGUUGCCUUUUUGUCAGACGUUCUGCACACUGGAUUGAUUUGUGUCUCCUCCCAGAGAUGGCAAAUGAUUUGUAUACUUCCUGACCGGGUUGUCUGUGAUCCACUUGUAAAAAGCUCAAUGUUAUUUUCAUGUUUCAUUCACUGUCUUAUUGUAAUCAUGCUUUCAUUCCUCUGUGAUUUAAUCUCCCUCAAAAGCACUUUGGUCAACUUUUUUUUUCUUCAGUAAAUAAACUGACUUUACCUUG